CGUUUGCACUUGUAAUUUUUUGGCAUUUUUAGAUGUAGAAUUUUUCUACUUAAAUUUUUUCAUAGUAAUUUAAUUGUUAUAAAAAUCCAAAAUUGACAGGUGUUGGUUAACCUCAGCAUCAUGUCAAUCAACUCAAUAACUCGGAAGAAUGAAUUACAAAAAAUAGUCAGAACGCUCCAAAAAUAGAGAUGACCGUUUAUAGAGAGGUUACGUUUACUAAAAACGUAAACAAUGAGUUCAUAUAUAUCACGAGUGAAUCAACUGGACGCUGGAAAAUUAGAUGACGAAAUAUUUAAAAUAUUUUCAUCAAAAAUCCUUGAAUCUUCUCAAUUUUUCACGCCGGGUGUCAUAGAAGCAUGGAGUCCAGAAAUAAACGCUAGUUUGCGAACAGUCAUCUGGGUAUGGACUUUGCUGAGAGGAAAAUCAACAGUAGGCCAGAAGUUAUUGAACCUUAUCUACGCAGACUUGACAAAAAAUAAAGCAGCGCUGCUAGUAAUACUGAGCGUAGUGCCCCAGUACCUGGAAGAAAAGUUUUUGGACCCUAAUAGGUUCGUCAGCCCACGAUUGAGGCCGUUUGUUAAGUAUCUCGACAUGGCAUCAACGGUAGUAAACGCGGUCAGCUUUAUAAACUUACUAAUUUUUUUACAUCGAGGGACACAACCAUUGCUGAAGGAACGGCUGCUGGGAAUCCGCAGCUGCAAUGUUACUCACCAUGUUUCUCGAGAUAUUGGAUAUUCGUUCAUGAUCAGAGAGUUGCUCUGGCAUGGACUGAUUACUGUAUUCGGUACUGGGUUACCGAUGAUUAAUUAUCAUUAUUUAAAACAGCUGUUUAGGAAAUUUAUUAGUUUUCCUGGGGAUCCAAAAGCUGUGAUAAAUAAAACACCGAAAAUGGAUCUAAGUACUCAGUGUCCUUACUGUGAACUCUCGCCAAUUUUACCGAGACACGCGGGUUGUUCUCAUAUUUACUGCUACUAUUGUAUGCAAGCACACUUUACAGCUGCUGACAGCUUCAAUUGUCUUGUUUGUGGCUAUGAGUUAAAUCGCGAGAACAUGAAAGUUUUCACAGUUUCCCCUGGCAUAUAAUUUUUAGGAUAGAAUAAUUUUUUAACUUUUUUUAAUAAAGUGGUGUUGUAAAAAUU